CAGGUUGUCAAGGAUUAAAACCUACCUAUUUUUACUUUAAAUAUAAGACGAAAGUUCAUUUUAAAAAGUCGCCAUUCAAAGUCUGUUUCAAUUUGUAGUGCAUAUUAUAUUUGUGCAAGUCACGUGAAAGGUUCUGUAAACUUCUCAAGUCAAAACAGGUGUUUCAAGUAAACAUGUGUUCAGUUAUAAUUUAUCUUUCAGAGUAAACAUGUCCGCUCGGUCAAAGAUUCUUCUUCUCUUCGAUGUGGACGGAACCCUGACUCUCCCAAGGAAGCUGGUGACAGCCCAGAUGGAGAUGUUCAUGGAGAAAACUCGGAAACUUGCCACAAUUGGGAUUGUGGGAGGUUCAGAUAUCGGAAAGAUUGCGGAGCAGAUGAAAGGAAUGAAUGUGAUGGAGAAGUAUGAUUAUGUUUUCUCCGAGAAUGGACUAGUGGCUCAUAAGGACGGGGUUCUUAUCCACCAGCAGAAUAUAGCUAAGCAUAUUGGUGAGGAGAAAAUUCAGAAAUUGAUAAACUUCUCUCUGCGGUAUAUGUCAGGGCUGGAGCUACCUGUUAAACGUGGAACCUUCAUCGAGUUCAGAUCCGGGCUCAUCAACCUCUGCCCGGUAGGACGGAGCUGUAGCCAGGAGGAGCGGGAUCAGUUUGCUCUGUAUGACGCGGAGCACGGAGUGAGAGAUAAGUUCCGAGAAGCUCUGGUGCAGGAGUUCUCAAACCUCGGUCUUAGGUUCGUUAUUGGCGGUCAGAUUUCCAUAGAUGUGUUCCCGGCCGGUUGGGAUAAACGGUAUUGUUUACAGUUCGUGGAGCAGGACGGAUAUGAAAAGAUUCAUUUCUUCGGAGAUAAAACUAGCCCUGGAGGAAACGAUUUCGAGAUAUUCUCUGAUCCCCGGAUCGUAGGACAUACUGUCACUGAUCCUGAGGAUACCAUGAGACAGGUGGCCGAGGUCCUCAAUAUGUAACAAAAUCUGUGAUUUGAUAAAUUUUUUUAGUUACGAUUUAAAAAAUAUUUUUAGCUCUAAAAUCCCACUUGACAUGAGAGAAUCAAUCAUUUUGUUUUGCUUUAUUUAUUGUAUUGAUUUUACUAUUAUCAUACUUUUUUUAGU